AAUCUGGAAAAUUGCUAAUCGAAAUAAAGGAAUUAACAACCGAAAACUCGCACCUGUCAAGAACGGAAGCGCUGCAGACUGAGAACAUCCCGAAGAAUCGCAACAACCAACACGUGCCGUUUAACUGCACGAGGGUCCUAUUGCACCCUCGGGGCCGAGGGACCAAUGAUUAUAUCAACGCGAGCCACAUCCCGAGUUUCUCGGCCAACAUCAGAUUCAUCGCCACUCAAAGUCCAUUGGAAAAUACCGAAGAAGAUUUUUGGAACAUGAUUUGGCAGGAAGAAGUCAGCAUUAUCGCAGCCAUGAAUAACUUUGACGUUGAGGAUGAGGCUCAGCCGUACUGGCCGCGCUCUCGGACUAAAGGCGUGUACCGCAGCCCCAUCCAAGUGACGCUUGCUAAGAGACUCAGGAGCGAGUUCUUCAUAUCAAGACAUUUCAUUCUUACCAACGAGGAAGGAGCCAGAAGAGAAGUGCGGCAAGUUCAGUUCACCAAAUGGGUCGACGACGCUACCGUGAGACCCGCGGAGCUCGUUUCUUUCCUGCUUAACCUUCGCUCCGGCAUCACAGUUGACGGUCUCAACACGGUGGUUGUGCACUGCAGCAAUGGCAGCAGCCGAACGGCCGUGGUUUUGGGGCUCUGGCUCCUGCAACUGAAGGCCGAAUUGUCCGACGAAUUGACGGACGUCAUGGAAGUCGUCAGGCACCUGAACAAAUUCCGGUGUGGUAUGCUGGAUUCGGAGGCGAAAAUUGAAAUCCUCGUCCGGAGUUUCAGCUACUACUUGAAACAUGCGAAAAUCCUGCCUUCAAGAGGUAUUGCACUGAACGCCGUAGAGAACGAGGACUCGCUGUCGCUGGUGAGCAUUUCGUCAGAGGAUGAUGGAUAUGAAACAAUGCGCUUCAGGAACUGCAGCAACAAGCGGAACACUUACGAAGACGUGCGGCCGCUUGUGUCCCAGGUUCAGAUUACAGAGGGACAGCGACCAGUCAUCAGUGUCGCAUCUUCAAAGAAACGAUCGUCUCGAGGCUACGAGUCGUUCGAAAGGCAAGGUCCCAGAUGUUCUUAUGCCCAGCCAUCUGAAUCGGUGACAAUACCCUUGAUCCAUGCAAAAAAUAGUGCAAGAGACAGCCCACAAAUCAGAAGAACCACGGUUGUUGAGCGAUGUUCAGAGGAUAUUGUUGAAAAUAAUGUAUUUUCGCCGAUGACUGCCUCAGAAGUGAAUGAUCGAACAACAAUAAGCUCAGGAACAUCAAAAAUUGAACUUCUUCCAGGUAAAAUAUCGCCGACAGUGGAACCAAAACGAACAAAAUUUUCGGAUGGCUCUCCGCAUAAAAUUUCAUCAGAGUUGAAUGUAGAAAAAAUCCCUACAAAGAUUUCCGAUUUAAAAGCACCUCCAUCAGAGUGCGUGAGAAUACAUUCAUCGAAAAUCACGGAACCUUCUACGUGGGACUCGACAAAAGCCAAAACGUCACAUGACUUCGAGUCUAUUGCUCGUCCAUCUCAUGCAACUGAGGUUCUUGAUAUUUCUGAGGACAAAAACGGAAUUAUCAGAUCUCGGAUACCCAUUUCAAUGAAAAAGCGACCUCUUCCGUACAUCAACAAAAGGAACAUACGAACCAGUAUUCGCUCUGGUAGAGAGACUAUUGGUUAAGAAAUGUGUAUUAGAAACCUAUGUUCCUCCACCAAAUCCUAUGUUCCUUCACUUUCCAUGAAGCGUCAAGUAUAUUUUUAA